CAGAGUAUAAGAACCAGGAGAGGACUGGGCCAAAGCCAUAGAGAUGGGAAGCACAGUCUGAACCAUGACCACGCUAUGGAUCCUAAGCUGUCUGGCACUGGUGGGCUCUGCACUUGGUUGUGGAGUGCCAACCAUUAAGCCACAGAUCAGCGGGUACAACAAGAUUGUGAAUGGCGAGGAAGCUGUGCCCGGGUCCUGGCCUUGGCAGGUGUCCCUACAGGACUACUCUGGGUUCCACUUCUGUGGGGGGUCCCUGAUCAGCCAGUACUGGGUUGUCACAGCUGCCCACUGCGGCGUUUCCCCCUCUCGACACAGGGUCAUUCUCGGUGAGCAUGAUCGCCAGUCCAAUGUGGAGCAGAUCCAGGUCAAGACCAUUGCUAGGGCUAUCUCUCACCCGUACUACAACAGCCAGAACUUCAACAACGACAUCACUCUGCUGAAACUGUCGUCCCCUGUCCAAAUCACCUCCCGCGUGGCCCCCGUGUGCCUGGCCGCCUCCAGCACCAAUGUGCCGUCAGGGACCCGCUGCGUCACCACCGGCUGGGGGAGGACCGAAUACACCUCUAAUUCGAGCCCGCGAUAUCUCCAGCAGGUGGCGCUUCCCCUGCUCAGCCCAGCCCAGUGCAGGCAGUACUGGGGCCAGAACCGCAUUUCUGAUGCCAUGAUCUGCGCUGGAGCCUCUGGAGUAUCCUCGUGCCAAGGAGACUCCGGUGGCCCUCUCGUCUGUGAGAAAAGUGGAGCCUGGCACCUGGUGGGUAUCGUGUCCUGGGGCACAAGCAACUGCAACGUUCGAGCGCCAGCGGUGUAUGCGCGUGUCUCCUACCUGCGCCAGUGGAUCGACCAGACUAUGGCAUACAACUAGCAGGGAGUGCCAGAAGAAGCAGUUCUCACUGGAGAGUGAGAGGGGGCAGUCUGCCAGAGGGAGGAACCUACCGUCUGCUUUGUCUACCAGCUUUCAAUUUUGAUCAAGAUUGUUAUGAGCAAAUUGUAAUUAUAAAAUAACAAUUCAGGCUAGUAUGUCUCUGUGUUAUUUUAUGUGUAUUAAGUCAGCAGUGGUAUUAAUGAACACAAGAUUUGAUGCCAAACCCUUGCCUUUCUAGCAGAGGUGAUAAGUAUUUGGACAGUGGUACAAUUUCUGUUCUUUUGGCUCUGUACUCCAGUACUGGAUUUGGA